AAUCGCUGUUCGGACGUAUCUUGGAAACGGCGUGACGUUUCGUGUGAUGACAAGCGAAGGGGAAAGGCGAUCAGCAGACACCGGUAUGCGGCGCAAGGUCGGUAAAAAGGGGAGUUGAACCGAAGCUGGAGAAAACUCUUUUCAACUGAGCCAAAUACAAGAUAUUGGACAAUGGCCGUUUCGGCGAGCCGCCGGUUACCAGCGGUAGUGAGGACAUUUGGCGAGGUCGCUGCCAUGGGCUCGAGCCGACCCAGCGCGGUGUUGCCCAGACCUCGACAUCCAAUCAGAUACCUGUCAUCUUGCGGCAUUUUAAUGACAAGGACCCACAGAUUGCUUUGCUGCUCAGAUCUGGAAGCGACACCUUCUCCACACUGCAGGACUUUCCUCAGUCUACCAAAUAAGAGAAAGGAAUACUCAGAGCGUAGAAUACUAGGGUACUCGAUGCAGGAGAUGUACGAUGUGGUGUCCAACGUGGACGACUACAAACUGUUUGUGCCAUGGUGCAAGAAGUCCCAGACCAUCAUGAAGAGGACUGGGCAUGCUAAGGCCCAGCUGGAGGUUGGCUUUCCUCCAGUUGUGGAAAGAUACACAUCCAUGAUCACCAACGUGCGACCUCACCUAGUCAAGGCUGUUUGUACAGAUGGGAAACUCUUCAACCAUCUAGAAACGAUAUGGCGCUUCAGCCCUGGUAUCCCUGGUUACCCCCGGACCUGCACAGUGGAUUUUUCUAUCUCCUUCGAGUUUCGCUCCUUGCUGCACUCCCAGCUGGCCACAGUCUUCUUCGACGAAGUGGUGAAGCAGAUGGUGGCGGCAUUUGGGCGCCGCGCCUACAAGCUGUACGGCCCAGAGACCCGCAUCCCACGGGAGCUUAUGUUCCAUGAGGUGCACCAGACGUGAGCCUGACUGUGGCUCCUGUAUGUGCGUGUGUGUGCGCGUGUGUCCUUCUGCUCCUCUGGAUUAUCUCAUCACAGUGAACGACAUGCACAUUAUCCUGGAACGUUAUAUGGGACUGAUAAAACACAGGCUCACCCGCUGGGCGUUUACCACCAUUCCCUUUACACAGUUUCUAUUCAGUUGGUGUCUCCAUGGCAGCAUUCUAAGGAACUCUUUUUUUUUUUUUUUUAUUGCAUUGGCUGCCAAUAGAAUCCAUCCAUGCCUUGUUUAGAGCAACCUCUGCUUCUUAAGUUUGUCCUGCGAGGUCCAUUCAUUUAGAUGGAUAUAUGUGUUGGUUUUGAGUUCGGCCCUCUGUUUUGCCAAUGAAUUUUGAUUUCACCAGUCCUGUCCAGUCCGUCACCUCCAUCGUACGUGGCAGCUUUUUAAAAAAAAAAUUUAAAAAAAAUUGUGAUUUUAUUUUUUCCAUCCACAUAUUUCACCUGUAUUUAUUGGAAUAGAAAGGAACAAACAAUCCUGACUACUGUUUUUAUUUAUUUGUCUAGUGUUUGACUUAGGAAGUUGAGAGGGACUCUUGAAUUCUAAGCUUGGUUUGGAGACCAGCCCCGAAGUUGCUCAUAUUAUGUCCAGAUGUCCCUAAAUACAAGCACCUACUGAAAGAAAUAGGAAAUAAAAAUUUUAGUACAGUAACCAACCCACCCUAUUUAUAGGCCUUUAGUUCCACUUGGCAUGCAGCUAAGAAAUUCCAUGGUUAACUAGUGUCCUAUAAAGCCCUUCAGCAAGGUUUCAACAGGAAGUUCUCCAGUGUUUGCUGUAAUUUAUGUGAGUGGGUGAAAACCCCAGCUGUAGGUCACCCUGGACAUGAAAUGAUGGAGGUGAAUUGGGAUGCAUUAUUUCCCCCUCCCUUUACUCUAGCCAGUUUGAAGGCACAUGAUUUUUUAAAUUCAGCAGUGAGUUUCAGUUUUGUCAGCCUAUGGAUAGACCUUCUUGCUUUCAUAGUACUGUGGCACACUAGACACAGAGCAGGCACUUCCUGAGUAAAGCACUAAAACAUUAAAGCCUCAUGCAACAGUUAACAAAACAGGGGGAGAGUCCAUCUUUUCAUUUCACCAGUUUACAUCCUGUUAGAUGUAUCAAACCAACUUUGUUUUGGAAUUCAGCCUAGGGUCUUGGAAAAUUCCCUACUAUAGGAAAGGGAUUAGGCUGCAGAGCAACAGCCAGUAGGGGUGAUAACCAGUAAGGGAAUGUAGAAAUCAGGGCAAUUUAAUCAUCACAAUCGUUAUAUGAAAGAUGUGCUUGUGUGAAUGGGGAAUCUUUCUUAACUCAUCCAAUAUCCUGGAAAUGUACUGUUAUAAAGGAAGAGACUCUAUAUAUGUGUAUUAUAUAUGCAACAAUGUCCAUAUAGGGUUAUUAGUUACUGGUACACAAUAUUAAAAAUACCAAGGAACAUAUGUUUUUAAUAUAGAAACAAUGUAAAGUAAUUUGAAAUACAUUUUAAUAUUGUAAUGGAAUAACCCUGAAUAUUACCACACUGUUAUAAAGCUGCAAUUAUAAAUUUAAAUUGUAAUUCCAUAUACAGUACAAUGCAAAAAUCUUAAGCGACUAUAGAGGAUGCCUAAGACAAUUUCUCAGGGUGUUUAUAUUUGCUAAGAAAAAAACACUAUUACUUACAUCUUUUGCAAAUUAACAGUUACAGGGCAAAAAGUAUUCAAGAAUUUCUUCUGUUCUCCAAAUAUUUACUUGUAUCUUGUUGGAUGGCUAGAUGAACAUCACUUUGUUUCUCAAAUCUCUCUUCAGAGGCACCUCAGCCAUUCUGUAUAUAUUCGUUAGAUGUAAUCACCAGUUCAAAUAAUUAACUUAAUUAGUUAAAUGCUCAGUGAAGUAUUAAUCGGCCAAACAAGGUGUUAUAAUGGUUUAGUCAAAAAAAAAAUAUAUACAUAUGUAUGUAUGUAUGUAUGUAUGUAUAUGUGUAUUAUUGGAUUUAUUGAGCAAGGAGAAGCACAAAAGACAAUGUUACAUGUGAAAACAAUGCAACCGUUGUUUUGUACGGAGGUUUUCUAGCCAAAGGCUAAUUUGCAAACCUAGGACUUUUAAGAACAGACAAUAACAGCAAUUAUCGAGUCACACACACGCACACACACUCAUACUCACACACACACACACACACACACACACACACACACACACUUGGAUGGUUGCAGCAAAUAAUGGGGUGACUUUAGGAGCGGUUUAGAAAUGGUUAACACACUUUGACAAACAUCAGUUUUACACUGAUGAUCAUUUAUGCCUAACUGUUUUGCACAAUUCUGUAUUUAAUAAAUUUAUUUUAUAAAAAUUGGCAAGGUCGAGUAAACAGAUAUGAUUA